CUCCUCCUUUCUGGUUUUGAACCCCUGUUUCUGAAACAGAUAUACCGCCCAACUUACCUCCUCUUACCUUCAACAAACACAUUCCUGUUGGAAGAUGGUUGUGAAGUUAUUCUUGUUUAUCUUACUGUUGGAUGGUGCAAGUUCUGCCUUGGAUACUCGAAAUGGGUCUAAUGAGAUUGCGGUGGUUGAAAAAGCAUAUCUGAAAUGGGUCAAACAGAUGGCUUCUUUCAAGCACUCUCUCUUCCAAAAACCAGAGAACAAGUUCAAGCCUUGCUUAAAAUUAAGAGUGAGAAAGAAACCAAGAUUUGGAGAUUUCCGUACGGUGCAGAAGGCUAUCAAGUCAGUUCCAGCUGUUAAUCUCUGCCGUGUUGUAAUCUCCAUUGGGGCUGGAACUUUCAGAGAGAAGGUUGAAAUUCCUCCAACAAUGGCUUACAUUACCCUGGUAGGUGCUGGGGCAGACAAGACCAUAAUUGAGUGGGAUGACACAGCAGACCGGAUGGGGCCAAGUGGGCAUCCCCUUGGCACUUUUGCUUCUGCAACAUUUGCAGUUAACUCUCCUUACUUCAUUGCAAAGAAUAUCACCUUCAAGAACAAAGCGCCAUUACCUCCAUCUGGGGCUCUAGGGAAACAAGCUGUGGCACUACGAAUCUCAGCGGAUACAGCAGCCUUUAUCGGAUGCAAGUUUUUUGGGGCACAAGACACUCUUUAUGAUCACAUUGGGAGACACUACUUUAAGGACUGCUACAUUGAAGGCUCUGUGGACUUUAUAUUUGGAAACGGACUGUCCCUCUACAAGGACUGCCAUUUGAAUGCCAUAGGAAGCAGCUAUGGAGCAUUGACAGCCCAGAGGAGGCAGAGCAUGCUAGAGGAAACAGGCUUCUCGUUUGUCAACUGCAAGGUUACAGGGUCUGGUGCACUUUACUUGGGGAGGGCAUGGGGCACUUUUUCUAGGGUGGUGUUUGCUUAUACUUACAUGGACAAGAUCAUUACCCCGAAAGGAUGGUAUGACUGGGGAGACAAAAACAGGGAAAUGACUGUUUUUUAUGGACAGUACAAGUGCUCAGGGCCAGGGGCUGAGUUUGAACGGCGAGUUUCAUGGUCGAGGGAGCUUACAACAGAAGAGGCAAAACCAUUUAUGUCAGUUGAUUUCAUUGACGGCCAUGUCUGGCUUCCUACCUCAUGAUGAUCCCAAGUUCAACUAGAUUUAGCAAUAAUUUGUAAGGACUAUCAAACUGUGCAAGUAGAACCAUUCUCUUUCUAAUAAAGAUACAAAUUCUAA